CAGCAUCACAUUUCAGUUGGUGGCUAAAUUUUCCGCGGUUCGGUUCUCGCGCGUGGUUCUAGAUUAUUUUUAUUUUUUGGGAAUUUUCGAGGACUUUUUGGACUGUUAAGGACUUGAGGCAACCUCGCGUUUCUGAGGUUGAUCAGUGAUGUGCGUUCACGAAACUUGAACAUUCGGUGAAGUAAUCGGUGAUAAGUGUUGCAUAAAUUUUUCGGCGGGAUUACGACUUCCUGAAGGUGUGACCGGGACGAUCCCGCGAGACGUGUGAUUAGAGAUCUAAAGUGCCGUGGUGGGGAAGAUUUUCGUUCUUUAGGAGAUUGGUGCCCAGUGCUUGAAAAUGAGGAGCACUAUAAUAUUGCUCAGUAUACUGGUCACCACCGGUCGCGCCGACAUCUCAACGCUCCUCCGAGGUGGUUACUCCCAGAACAACCUCGACGAAGAUGGAUACCACUACGACAAGCCAAAGAUCCCGUUCGAAACGCCCACGCGGCCUCCACCGCCACCACCGCCAACAACGGAGAAGAAGUGUGCCAUAACGGCGCAGAAUCCGGACGGAAGCUGCGGAUAUGACUACCCGAAGCCAGACCAGAGCUUCGAACUGCCAAACGAGUACCUGCCACCAAAGACGACGCCAAGGCCUACCACGACAACGACGAGGCCGACCACUACGACAACGCGAAGAACCACAACUACAACGCGUCCAACUACGACGACAACGCGACGCACAACAACAACUUCACGUACAACACCACGAGUAGUCUUCACCACGAGGAAGCCUGACUGCCCGAAUCCGAAUCCGGAUGGAUCAUGUGGAUAUAAUUACCCGAAGCCAGCUUGUCCAAACCCGAACCCCGAUGGAAGCUGUGGAUAUUCCUACCCAAAGCCGGACAACUCGUUUGAAAUACCUCAGCGAGUACCGACUACGACCAGGACAACAACUACCACGAGAAGAACCACGCCUUCGCAGGAAUACUUGCCGCCAAAGACAACUCCAAGACCGACAACGACAAGGCCAACCACCACGACGACCCGCAGAACUACAACUACCACACGUCCAACCACGACGACAACACGUCGGACCACCACGACCUCUCGCACAACACCACGCGUAGUGUUCACCACGAGGAAGCCUGACUGCGUGAAUCCGAACCCGGAUGGAUCAUGCGGGUAUAACUACCCAAAGCCAGCUUGUCCGAACCCGAACCCCGAUGGAAGCUGUGGAUAUUCCUACCCGAAGCCGGACAACUCGUUUGAGCUGCCCCAGCGAGUUCCGACUACGACCACAACAACAACGACGCGUAGAACUACGCCAUCGCAGGAGUACUUGCCGCCGAAGACUACACCCAGACCAACAACAACAACAACCCGUCGAACCACUACAACUACACGUCCCACAACGACGACCACUAGGCGCACAACGACCACCACGCGACCUCCAACGACUACGCGAUGUCCGAUUGGUCUGCAAAAUCCUGAUGGAUCAUGUGGCUAUAAUUACCAGAAGCCGGAACAAAGCUUCACGGUACCUCAACGAGUGUCCACAACUACUACGAGAAGGACCACUACUACUACAACUAGGCCAACCACAACGACACGAAGAACGACCACGACUACGCGACCUACGACAACAACCCGCAAAACGACCACAACGACAAGACCCACAACCACAAAGUGUCCUCUCUCGGCGCAAAAUCCAGACGGAUCCUGUGGCUAUAACUAUCCCAAGCCGAGCUGUCCGAACCCAAAUCCAGAUGGUUCCUGCGGAUAUGACUACCCGAAGCCAGACCAGUCAUUCACACUACCUCAACGAGUGCCAACAACGCGACCCGUAACAACAACGACGACAACUCGUCGAACAACUCCCCGUCAGGAAUAUCUGCCUCCAACGACUACGGUCCGGACUACACCGAGACCCACUACUACAACAACCAGGCCAACCACAACGACGCGAAGAACAACAACAACUCAGAGGAUCAUCCAGACAACAAAGUGUCCGCUCUCGGCACAAAAUCCAGACGGAUCGUGUGGAUACAACUAUCCCAAGCCGGCUUGUCCGAACCCGAAUCCUGACGGAAGCUGUGGAUAUUCCUAUCCCAAGCCGGACAACUCGUUUGAGUUGCCUCAGCGAGUUCCAACCACAACGCAAAGAACGACCCCAAGACCAAUUACAACGACGACUCGUCGGACUACAACCACUACACGUCCAACCACGACUACAACGCGGCGAACUACGACAACAUCACGCACAACUCCACGCGUAGUGUUCACCACGAGGAAGCCGGACUGUGCAAAUCCGAAUCCAGACGGAUCAUGUGGCUACAACUACCCGAAGCCGGCUUGUCCGAACCCUAAUCCUGACGGAAGCUGUGGCUAUUCCUACCCAAAGCCGGACAACUCGUUCGAGCUACCUCAGCGAGUACCGACUACAACGCGGACUACAACAACGACGCGUAGAACCACGCCUUCGCAGGAAUACCUGCCACCAAAGACGACCCCGAGACCAACGACGACGACUACUCGACGCACCACCACUACCACGCGCCCCACAACGACCACAACUAGACGCACAACGACAACCACGCGACCUCCAACGACAACGAGAUGUCCGUUGGGACAGCAGAAUCCCGAUGGAUCUUGUGGAUACAGCUACCAGAAGCCGGACCAAAGCUUCACCAUUCCUCAGAGAGUGACCACCACCACUACUCGUAGGACGACUCCGUCCCAGGAAUACCUGCCACCGACGACCACGGCUCGAACUACUCCGAGACCCACAACUACGACAACCCGACGUACUACUACUACAACGCGCCCAACUACAACCACGACAAGGCGUACAACGACUACUACACGACCUCCAACAACAACGAGAUGUCCGCUCGGACAGCAGAAUCCCGAUGGAUCCUGUGGUUACAACUAUCCCAAACCAAGCUGUCCCAACCCGAAUCCGGAUGGCACCUGCGGGUACGACUAUCCAAAGCCUGAUCAGUCCUUUACACUGCCCCAACGGGUUCCAACCACGAGACCCGUUACAACCACGACUCGUCGGGCAACGCCACCUCAGGAGUAUCUCCCGCCAUCGACGACGGCUCGGACAACGCCAAGACCAACUACUACCACAACCAGGCCUACGACCACAACGACCCGGAGAACCACUACCACAACGCGUCCAACGACCACUACGAGACGCACGACUACAACCCAACGAGUAAUCCCAACCACCAGGUGUCCUCUCUCGGCACAGAAUGCAGAUGGAUCGUGCGGAUACAACUAUCCCAAACCGGCCUGCUCGAACCCAAAUCCGGACGGUACUUGCGGAUACGACUACCCGAAACCGGACCAGUCAUUCACGCUACCUCAACGAGUUCCAACAACGCGACCCGUAACAACAACAACAACUCGUAGACCUACGCCACCUCAGGAGUAUCUACCACCAUCGACGACUACCCGCACUACCACUAGGCCGACCACUACCACAACCAGAAGAACGACCACGACGACGCGUCCUACGACAACUACCCGAAGGACUACCACGACGACGCGUCCCACGACAACAACCCAGCGGAUAAUCCCGACAACGAAGUGUCCACUUUCGGCACAGAAUCCGGAUGGAUCAUGCGGGUACUCCUACCCUAAGCCGGACAACUCAUUCGAAUUACCUCAGCGAGUGCCUACCACCACAACUACACGCAGGACUACGCCCUCCCAGGAGUACCUCCCACCGACGACAACAACGCGACGCACUACUACUACAACACGGCCAACCACUACAACCACAAGGCGCACCACGACGACCACCCGGCCCACAACGACAACGACGAGACGAACAACGACAACGACGCGCCCAACGCCAGCUAGGUGCCCGCCGGGUCAGCAAAACCCGGACGGAUCGUGCGGAUACGUCUACGAGAAGCCAGAUCAAAGCUUCACCAUUCCUCAGCGAGUGACCACUACCACUACGCGUAGGACUACGCCAUCGCAGGAGUACCUGCCGCCGACGACAACGACCCGGAGGACCACGACAACUACAAGGCCAACGACCACCACUACAAGGAGAACUACCACGACAACCAGGCCUACAACUACAACUACCAGGAGAACCACAACCACUACGCGGCCCACAACCACAACGACUCGAAGAACUACUCCAGCUCAGGAAUACCUUCCACCAACUACAACGACCCGUCCAACAACCACCACCACAAGGCGCACCACCACCACAACUCGACCAACCACCACCACCACGCGGCGAACCACCACGACUACCCGGCCAACGACGACCCGUCCGGUGACGACGACGACCGAGCGGAAGUGCGCCGGCUCGCAGAUCAACCCGGACGGUAGCUGCGGCUACGACUACCCGCAACCACCGAAGCCGUUCACCCUGCCACCUCCCACGCGGCCACCGACCACCUCCGCGCCGGUGUACCUCCCGCCGGAGGAGACCACCGGUUACUCGUACCCGAAACCUGCCAUACCGUUCAACUUCUAGAUCACCGAGUAGGGUGGUCUCCUGUGUAAAUAGCUACUUCUAGUUAGACUAAAGUCCUUAUCCCUUCCCUUUUAAUUUCUUCCCUCAACCUAAUCUCAUCCUAUUUAAACCUAUCCACAUCUGAGUCAACACUGCCUCCCCUCAAUUUUCUCAAAACUCUAGCUAUUCUAGGUUUUUAAAAUGGUUAAGCAAUUAGUUCACGUUCUAGCGACGAUCAAGGAAAAGUGUGUGUAUGUGUGGCUGUGCUUAAAAUUGAGCUGCAAAAGACGGUCGGUCUCAAUUACCCAAAUACUCAACAAAUGGAAAACUGGAAUGUUUUCAAGACAAUAAUGUUUGGCCAACAGGGAGUAGAGAAAUUUAAAGAAGUUAUGCGAUGUUCCAGGUGUGAGUGCGAAAUUGUCAGAAACGUAGGAGAAAAAUGAGAAAUAAAUAAAAAAUAUU